CUUGCUCCACCCACCACCAAAACCCAAGACAAUUCCAUUAACUGUUCUUCUCCUACAAGAGAGUUCUGGAGCUUUCUAGAAUAAGAAAAUUCCCACCUCUGCACGUUACAUCUUCUUGGGGAGAUUUUUUAUUUUCUCGGAUUUUUCUUCCUAAUUCGCAUUUGGGUUUCUCAUAAUCAUCUCAAGAACGAUGGGGAGAAGCUUCUUCGGCCUCAACAAGGCGAAGAAACCGUCGAAAUACAGGAGCCGGAAAUCCUCACUGGACUCCUCCGUCUCCUCCAGCAGCAGCGCCUCGGAAUCGCCCGGUUCGCCACCGUCCGCUGUUGCCAUCCGGAUCCAAGACUCUAAUGAUCUGCGCCAGGUGUUCGACAAGUACGAUGCGAAUGGCGAUGGCAAGAUCUCAUCGUCUGAGCUCCAGGCUAUGCUCCGGUGUCUGGGAAGCCCAGGGACUGAUGAAGAGGUCGAGUCAAUGAUGCAGGCGGCGGACCUGAACAUGGACGGGUACAUCAGCUUGGAAGAAUUCAUAUCUGUGAACACAAUGGAGACCGAUUCGGCAAAGUGUAUAGAAGACCUGAGGAAUGCUUUUACCGUCUUCGACCGAGACAAUAAUGGGCUGAUCUCUGCAGAAGAGCUCCACGGUGUUCUGCGCAUGAUGGGGGAGAAAGCGUCAUUGUCUGACUGUAAGAGAAUGAUCAAAGGUGUCGAUCGGAAUGGCGACGGAGCUGUGAAUUUUGAAGAGUUUAUGCAGAUGAUGACAAAAUCAGCCUAACUUCUUGUAAAUAAGAUCUUGACCAAGUUUGGGUAAACCAAACAUAUGGUUAAAUUGAUAUAUGAAUGGCAAUGUAUUCUUUAUGGUA